AUGUCUACUCCUGCUGAAAUUAUUGCUGCUCGUGUUAAUGGGUUGAUUCUUGACUCUGAACCAGUAACAACUUCUUAUAUUGAUGAAGACGAAUUUGAUGAUGCUGAAUCAACUGUUUCAUCAAUCUAUUCUACUAAUAGAUCUACCCCUGCUCCUUCUAUUGCUGAUGAAUCAGCUUUCCCUACCUUGGGUGGUUCGUCUGCAAGUGGCCCAGCGACUCCAGUUUGGGGACCAUCAAUGAAGGUAUCCACUCCAGCUGUUUCUCAAGCUCCUGCUCUUUCUACUUCUGCGUCUUCUUCUCGUAAGGGAUCCCCAUCACCUCUUUUCAAGUCUUCCACCAUCCAACAGGCUUUCUCCCUCAAUGCUGAAAAUUUGGUUUCCCUUUCUUCUCCAGAGUUGAAGAAACUUUUGGCUACCAUUAAGGCUGAAACAAACACAAAAAUUGAUACAAACUUUUCCCAACAAGCAAGAAUUAGAAGUUUUGUUGUUUCUGGUAAGCCUGACGAUGUCAAACAAGCAAAGAGACUGAUUGUUCGUAAUUUGACCAGUCCUCUGACCAAACAGAUUUAUGUCCCUUCAAAGGCUAGAGCUGCUAUCAUUGGUCCAGGUGGUAAGAAUUUACGUCCUAUCAUUGAUUCCAAUAGCGUUCGCAUUGAUAUUGACUCGGAAGUUGUGUAUCAACCAGAAUUAGCUGAAGAUUCUGAUGAUGAAGACUCAUGUAACCUUGUUGCCAUCACUAUUAAAGGUGAUGUUGAAGGUGUUAAGGCUGCUGAAGCCUCAAUUCUUGCCAUUGUUGAUGGCUCUACUAAAAACACUAUUGCUACUAUUGCUGUUGAAGAAAUUGUUAAGCCAUUUGCUCAAGAAUUAUGUAAAGAUGUUAUCGCUGCCAACCCUGCCAUUGACAUUUCCAUUCCAGCUUUCAACUCACUCUUUUCUAAUGUUGCUAUUUCUGGUCCUCGUAAACCAGUUUAUGCCGCAAAGAAGGAAAUUAAACGUAUCUUAUCUGAAUACGAACUGAAAGUUGUUGUGGAAGAAGUCAAGAUUCCUCAAGUCAAACACAAGUUCCUCCCAAUUGAAUCUAUUUUAGAAGAAGAAAAUGUUUUGAUCAAGUUACCUACUGACGGUUCUAUGAAUGUCAAGUUUCUUGGUGAAAAGAAGAAAAUUGCCCUGGCUAAGGAAAAGGCUAGACAACACACUUCUCAAUACAAGGUUGAAGUUUUGGAAAUGUCUAAAGCCCACAAGGGUAACUUAAACCAUGUCAAAUCUGUAGCUGCUCUUUUGAAGAAGAAGGGUAUCUUUGACGAAAUUGCUAAAACAAACAAGGUUACUGUGAAUGCACCAGAUAAUGCUGAUUUGAGUAAUGACGAGAUUUUGUCUGUUCCAAUUGAAAUCAUUUUUAAGAAUAAUGAAGAUGAACAAACAAAGGCUACCAGAAGAAGCAUUGUCCACACUGUUAACAAAAUUCUUCCUUCUUCUACUUUGGUGGUUGAGGACAUUGACAAGUUUUUGAUUCCUCGUGUUCCUGAAACCAUUGAUGAAGUAGCUGCUGCCAAUAAAGUUUCUUAUGUUGUCUUGGGCUCCAGAAUCACUUUGUUUGCUGAUGUUGAAGAGCAAUCUAAUGAACAGGAUCAGGAUGAUUUUGUAGAGUCUGAAGAGCCAGCUGAUGGAAGUGCUGGUUUAUCAGUUGUAAACGAAGCAUUGGACAGUUUAAGAAAGUUCUCUAAGGAUUUGAGCACAGUUGAAAUUGCUAUUCCUUCUGAAAGUCAACUUUACUUCCCACCCUCUACCAUUGAUGCUAUUGUAGGUGCCGUUGACUCUCAAUCUGUUAAGGUCACCAGAAAGAAUAACAGUGUCUCUGUCAUUGGAUUCAAGAGUGAUGUUGCUACAAUUCAAAAAUUAUUUGCUGCUGCUAUCGCUGACAACAAAGAACAUGGUGACUCAUUUUCAACAACUAUACAUAUCCCUUCAUUUGUUGUUCCUAGAGUUAUUGGUAAGAGUGGUGCCAACUUGAACAGCAUCCGUAGUGACUACGACGUCAAGAUUGACGUUGAAGGAUUUGAUGGUGCCAAGGCUGAUUCCAAUGACCAAAGUGCCAAGAGCGAGAUUGUAAUUACUGGUAUUAAAGCUAAUGUUGAAGCAUGCAAGGCAAAAUUGCAACUGUUGUCAAAGAAAUUGGCAGACGAAACAAUUGUCAGAUUAAGAAUUGAACAGCAAUUCCAUAGAAGACUUGCAGGACCCAAGUUCUCCUAUGUGAAUAGAUUGCAAGAUAAGUAUAACGUUAAGAUUAGAUUCCCCAGUGAGUCUAACGGUGGUGGUGCUGAUGCUCCUAAGUCUAAGGAUGAAAUCACUAUCAAGGGUGCUUCCAAGGGGGUUUCUAAGGCUGAAGAAGAGUUGAAGGAUUUGUAUCAAUACGAAAAGGAGAAUGGUUUCAAGAAGACCAUUCAAAUCCCUGUUAAGGCUAUUGCUCUUGUUUUGGGUAAGGGUGGUUCUAACAUCAAGGAUAUUGCUGAUGGAACUGGUGUUGAAUUUGAUUUCCAUAGAGAUGAUGAAGCUGAAGCUAAGUUAGGCUAUGCAGAAGUUGAAUUGACUGGUUCUCGUACCGCAUUGAAGGAAGCCACUGACAAAAUUAACGAGAUUGUUAGUGAACAAGAAAACUUGAUUGAAAAGACAAUCAAUGUUGAUCCUAAACAUUUCCGUGCCUUAAUUGGUACUGGAGGUCAAACCAGACGCGAAAUCAUUGAAAAUGCUGGUGGUGCUCACUUGAGUGGUCCUAAGUUCAACCGUUUAAUCAACUUUCCUGCCGAGGGCAGUGGAUCUGAUGAGAUCACAGUUGUUGGUGACAAGAAGAUUGUUGAUAAGGUGAUUGAACAAAUUACCAAGAUUGUUGAAGAAAGAGAAGCUGUGAUUACUGAAGGAAUUGAAAUUGCUAAGGAAAGACAUGGUUUGAUCAUUGGACCUGCUGGAUCAGUUCGUCAUGCAUUAGAAAAUGAAUUCAACGUUAGAAUUAGGGUUCCUCAGCAAGCAUCUUCCAGUAACAUUAUUGAUGUUACUGGAUUGCCUGAAAGAAUUGAAAAAUUGAGAGCAAAGUUAUUAGAACUUACUAAAGAUGAAUGGAAUCGUGUCGUUGAAGUUCCUACCAAAUAUCAUCAACUAGUUAGUGAACGUGGUGCUAUUUUGAAAAAGAUUGAAACGGAUUUUCAUGUUAUUGUCAAGCACGGGAACUUAACACGUACUGCCAGUAAAUUGAAUUCUGCUGCACCUUCUUCGCCACCAGAAUCUGCUGUUGGCGAUAAUGGAACCAAAUUUACUAUUAUCACCGAAAAAGAAGAACAAGACCAAGCUGAAAAUGGUGAAGGAAGUACCAUCCCAUGGCGUUUGAUUGGUAGUGAAGAAGAUACUUCCAAGGCAGCUGAGUUCAUUGCUGAACGUUUAGCAAGAGCUCAAGAAGCCACUUCAAAGGGUUUCUUCUACAGUAGCAACCCUUCAGUCUUUUCUAAGAUCGUUGGUAGUGGAGGUUCUACCAUUAACCAAAUCAGAGCUAAGUCCAACUGUUUUAUUCAUGUUCCAAGAGCAAAGGAUAAGUACAACCAAUUUGUCUUUUUAACUGGUUCAGAAGCUGCUUUGGAAAAAGCAAAGUCACAAAUUGAAGCAGCCAUUAAGAACCAAUAA